UUAUUAUUAUUAUUUCAUAGCUUGAUAUGAACGUGUCGACUUGGGGUUCAACUGGAGGUUGGAUACCAAAUCAUUAUAUUCUCAUAAGAAAAAAGGCAUGCAGUAGUUUAAGAAAUCUUUAUGGAAAUGCAUGGUUUACAUUACUCAAUGCUUUUAACGUUCCAACUGAUAGAUGUCCAAUACCAGUGGGCACAUAUAUUACAUCAGGGUAUGAAUUGACGAAAUUCGAAGAUAUGAAUUUGCCCAAAGUAAGUUUUUAUGGAAAAUAUAAAGUAGUGGGCCGCAUUAAAAAUGUUGAAAAUAAAGAUGUUUGUUGCAUUGUUGUGGAAACAAAUUUUAUACGACCAUGGGAAACAUUAAUUCAAUAAAAUUAUUACAAACUAAUAAUACUUGUUAUUAAUUUCCUUUAAAAAAUAUAAAGGAUAGGGGUACUAUAUUAUAAUUUCUUUAGUUUAUAGAAAUAUUGUUAAGCUCUGUUUACAGUUGUUAUUAUCUGUAGAAACUAAUAAAUAUAAUGAUAAGUUUUUGUUAA